AUGUCCGAUCAAUCCAACAGCCAAAGCUCACAAGGAAACUAUUCCUCCUCCUCCUCCGACAAGCACAACUACGCAGCCUCAAUCCAAUCGACAACCUCCUCCUUCAAGUCAUACAAGCCUCUCCUAGAGACCGAAUCUCCUUCAUCAUCAUCAAGAGAGUCGAAGAAUUCCAAAGCAUGGAAGAAGACGAAGAAGUUCCUCUCCUCGAUCGGCGAACCACCAACCGCCGAGUACGACCGUCAGCAAAAUGAGAAGAAGGGUAUCAAGACGAAUGGAAGGGAAGCAUUUGGUGCCAUCAACUAUGGCCCAUAUCGGACAAGCAAUUUUGGAGGCGAGAGGACGUUGGGACGGAUAUGA